CUCACUCACCUCUCGCGACCGUACAAUGGUCCGCCGCAACGCCCAGCCCUCGCCCGAGCCGACAGAAUGGCGCACGCUAUCCCCCGACGACCCGGAGGCGUUCCCCAAAGCAGUGGUCUUCGACCUCGACUACACGCUCUGGGACCUGUGGAUUGACACGCACGUCAACCCUCCGCUCCGACGACAGGGCGACGAGAUCAACCGCCUCGUGGACCGACGCGGGAGCACGCUCGAGUUCUACCCCGAAGUGCCGGGCAUCCUCGCCGGCCUCAAGCGGCGCGGCAUCACCAUCGGCGUCGCGUCGCGGACGAGCGCGAUUGACCUAGCGAACGAGGCCCUCAGUCUCCUCCUUGUUCCUGCGCCGGACGGCAAGGUCGUCAAGGCGCGCAGCUACUUUGACGCCAUUGAGAUCUACCCCUCCUCCAAGAUCAAGCACUUCCGCGAGAUCCACAAGCGCACAAAGAUAGCGUAUGAGCAGAUGCUCUUCUUUGACGACGAGAGCCGUAACCAUGACACUGAGACCCUCGGCGUCACGAUGCAGCUGAUCCGCGACGGCAUGAACCGUGCAGAGUGGGAGCGAGGGCUCGCACUCUGGCGGAAACGUCGUGGUAUCAGGGUCAGCGGUAGCGCAGACAGCAACUAGAGCAGUGACUGUACCGGCCCCACCAUCUCAUGUAUCCACUGCACACCCAUCCGAAAGCAAUCUGUACAUAGG